CGCUGUGCGACUGCGCAGAGGCCUACUUUGGAGGAGGCGGAGCUUCGUCCUUCGCCGGCUGGAAAAGCAGUGGGAUCGGCUAGUGGCGACAGCAGAAGUCGGGCCUUAGCCCUGCCGGGGCAGUGGGCUUUAAAUUCCUGCCUGACCAAAGUGACCUCAAAAAGGAGGGAAAAUGGCUUCUGAAUCUGAAACCUUGAAUCCCAGUGCUCGGAUAAUGACCUUUUACCCGACUAUGGAGGAGUUCCGGAACUUCAGUCGUUAUAUUGCCUACAUUGAAUCCCAAGGAGCUCAUCGGGCUGGGCUGGCUAAGGUUGUUCCUCCAAAGGAGUGGAAGCCACGAGCGUCCUAUGAUGAUAUUGAUGACCUGGUCAUUCCUGCCCCGAUCCAGCAGCUGGUGACUGGGCAGUCUGGCCUCUUUACUCAGUACAACAUACAGAAGAAAGCCAUGACUGUUCGAGAGUUCCGCAAGAUAGCCAAUAGCGAUAAGUACUGUACCCCACGCUAUAGUGAAUUUGAAGAGCUUGAACGGAAAUACUGGAAAAAUCUCACAUUCAAUCCCCCAAUCUAUGGUGCAGAUGUGAAUGGCACUCUCUAUGAAAAGCAUGUUGAUGAGUGGAAUAUUGGCCGGCUGAAAACAAUCCUGGACUUGGUGGAAAAGGAGAGCGGGAUUACCAUUGAGGGCGUGAACACCCCAUACCUGUACUUCGGCAUGUGGAAGACAUCCUUUGCCUGGCACACCGAAGACAUGGACCUGUACAGCAUCAAUUACCUGCACUUCGGAGAACCCAAAUCCUGGUACUCCGUCCCGCCUGAGCACGGAAAGCGGCUGGAGCGCCUGGCCAAAGGCUUUUUCCCGGGCAGUGCUCAAAGCUGUGAGGCUUUUCUCCGCCAUAAGAUGACCUUGAUUUCUCCUUUAAUGCUGAAGAAAUACGGAAUUCCCUUUGACAAGGUGACUCAGGAAGCUGGAGAAUUUAUGAUCACUUUCCCUUACGGGUACCAUGCCGGCUUUAACCAUGGCUUCAACUGUGCUGAGUCCACUAAUUUUGCUACCCGGCGGUGGAUCGAGUAUGGCAAACAAGCUGUGCUGUGCUCCUGCAGAAAGGACAUGGUGAAGAUCUCCAUGGAUGUGUUUGUGAGGAAGUUCCAGCCAGAAAGGUACAAACUCUGGAAAGCUGGGAAGGACAGCACUGUCAUCGACCACACUCUGCCCACGCCAGAAGCGGCUGAGUUUCUCAAGGAGAGUGAACUGGCCCCGAGAGCCCGGAAGGAGGAGGAGUGCCCGGAGGAGGACGACAUGGAGGGGGUUGAGGAUGGAGAGGAGGGUGACCUGAAGAGGAGCCUGGCCAAGCACCGUAUCGGGACAAAGAGGCACCGAGUUUGUCUUGAAAUCCCACAGGAGGUGAGUCAGAGCGAGCUCUUCCCCAGGGAGGAGCUGGGCUCUGGACAGUACGAUAUGGCGGAGUGCCAGGCCGCCCUUGCUCCUGUGAGACCCACCCACAGCUCCGUGCGCCAAGUUGAGGACGGUCUCACCUUCCCAGAUUAUUCCGACUCCACCGAAGUCAAAUUUGAAGAGCUUAAAAAUGUCAAGCUGGAAGAGGAGGAUGAGGAGGAGGAGGAGGAGGAAGAGGAGGAAGAUCAGGAAGGGGCUGCCUUGGACCUUUCUGUGAAUCCGGUUUCUUUUGGGGGUCGCCUCGUCUUCUCAGGCUCCAAAAAGAAGUCAUCUUCCAGCCUGGGCUCUGGUUCUUCACGGGAUUCUAUUUCUUCCGAUUCAGAAACCAGUGAGCCUCUGUCCUGCCGAGCCCAGGGGCAAACGGGAGUCCUCACUGUGCACAGCUACGCCAAAGGGGACGACAGGGUCACCGCGGGAGAGUCAUGCACGAGGAAGAAAGGGGGUGCCACCAGGAGCAUCAACGAGCGGGAGCUGGCCGAGGUUGCGGAUGAAUACAUGUUUUCCCUGGAGGAGAGUAAGAAGUCCAAGGGCCGUCGUCAGCCCUUAAGCAAGCUCCCCCGCCACCACCCACUCGUGUUGCAGGAUUGCGUCAGCGAUGAUGAUGUAUCAGAACAGGGGACCCCCGAGGAGGAGGCUGAGGAGACGGAGGCCUGGGCCAAGCCCCUGAGCCAGCUGUGGCAGAACCGACCUCCAAACUUUGAGGCCGAAAAGGAAUUCAACGAGGCCAUGGCCCAGCAGGCCCCUCAUUGCGCCGUCUGCAUGAUCUUUCAGACUUACCAUCAGGUGGAGUUUGGAAGCCUUAGUCAGAACUGUGGCAGUGCUCCAGAUUUAGCGCCCCAGAAGCAGAGGACCAAGCCAUUGAUUCCAGAAAUGUGCUUCACCUCGACUGGGUGUAGCACGGACAUCAACCUGUCCACCCCUUACCUAGAGGAGGACGGCACCAGCAUCCUAGUGUCCUGCAAGAAGUGCAGCGUCCGGGUCCACGCCAGUUGCUACGGGGUGCCCCCUGCAAAGGCUUCUGAAGACUGGAUGUGUUCUCGGUGUUCGGCCAAUGCCCUGGAAGAGGACUGCUGCUUGUGCUCAUUGCGAGGAGGAGCCCUGCAGAGAGCCAAUGACGACAGGUGGGUCCAUGUCUCAUGUGCGGUGGCGAUUCUGGAAGCGAGAUUUGUCAACAUUGCAGAAAGAAGUCCAGUGGAUGUGAGCAAAAUUCCCCUGCCCCGCUUCAAACUGAAAUGUGUCUUCUGUAAGAAACGGAGGAAAAGAACUGCUGGCUGCUGUGUGCAGUGUUCUCAUGGCCGUUGCCCAACUGCCUUCCACGUGAGCUGUGCUCAGGCUGCAGGAGUGAUGAUGCAGCCAGAUGACUGGCCUUUUGUUGUCUUUAUUACCUGCUUUCGGCACAAGAUCCCUAAUUUGGAGCGUGCCAAGGGGGCCUUGCAGAGCAUCACUGCGGGCCAGAAGGUCAUUAGCAAGCACAAGAAUGGGCGCUUCUACCAGUGUGAGGUGGUAAGGCUCACCACGGAGACCUUCUAUGAAGUCAACUUUGAUGACGGCUCCUUCAGCGACAAUCUCUAUCCCGAGGACAUAGUGAGUCAGGACUGUCUCCAGUUGGGUCCUCCUGCCGAAGGGGAAGUAGUCCAAGUGAGAUGGACAGACGGCCAAGUCUAUGGAGCCAAGUUUGUGGCCUCUCACCCCAUCCAGAUGUACCAGGUGGAGUUUGAGGAUGGCUCACAGCUUGUGGUUAAGAGAGAUGACGUGUACACGCUGGAUGAAGAGCUUCCCAAGAGAGUCAAGUCUAGACUGUCAGUAGCCUCAGACAUGCGCUUCAAUGAGAUUUUCACAGAGAAGGAAGUUAAGCAGGAAAAGAAACGGCAACGCGUUAUCAACUCAAGAUACCGGGAAGAUUACAUUGAGCCUGCACUAUACCGGGCCAUCAUGGAGUAGGUGCUUCCAGCGGCCAGGAGAGUCCCAGCCGCCAAGGCGAAAGCACUCUGGGGUUCCACAGCACAGCAGACACUUGGAACUCUGAAGUCUCUAAAAGUGAACUGUAACAUGAAAAGGAGUGAAAUAACCGACCCCAUCAUCUUCUCACCCCACCCUCAUCGCAUUCCACUGUAAUGAAACGACAAGCUGUACUUGGACGCGUGGCAGCAGCCGCUGAUCUCCCAGCUGAUGGGCUGAGCACUGGAACGCUGUGGCUGCAUGGGCCCCAGUCUGUAAUGGGGUCGACUGGGCUGGCUGGGCUGGUUGCCCUGUUCCUGGCCGUGGACUUAGCUUCCUAAUGAUCACCUGCACCAACUAGGCAGAGGUGCUGGUGCUUGCCCCCUCCCCCUUUUUGUAUUUAUGUGUGUGUGUGUGUGUGUGUGUGUGUGUGUGUGUGUGUAUGUAUGUUUGGUCUGGACCAGCUUCUGCCAGCCCCUGGCCUUUACUUUCUUCCUUGCCUAUCCAGGGCAACAAAAAUGUGAAAUUCUGCCCUCAGCUGAACUGAGUAAGGGCCCCUGGGGGUUGGCUGGAGAUGGCUGUGGCAUCUGUUUGUCUCUGGAACUGCCUCAAGAGAGUGCUGGCAAAGCUGCAGUGAUGAGAUGCUAAGGAGUUAACGCCACCUCUUUGCCUUCUCUUGAAGGAGAAGAUAGGGGUAACCUGGGUGUGUGCCCAUAUCACUCUAGGCACAGACCCCUGUGGACAGUAUUAAAGGGUGUGGGUGGGGAAUACUCUGAAGGGGGAUCUAAUGAUGGAAGCAGGCAGAGCCUGGCGGGUGAGUCUGUCAACAGAAAAUUGGAAUCAUGCAGGGGCUGGGAGGGUUAAGGUGAACUGGGGCCACUGGAGGCCAGGGGGUGGGUUUAGAUAUGCCCCCUGGUGUGGGGGUGGGAGGGAGCUGAUUUGGGAGUGGGGUGGGACUGGAGGGCAACACUGAAGGGGUUAAACAGGUUUUUGCUCCUUAUGAAUUUGUUUGCCUGGGCCCAGGGUUGGAGGGAUUCACACUUAUACCGUAUGUAUACAAGAAUCAGAUUUAUAAUACUUCCCCUUUUUUUGUUACGUAUGAACGCUAUAAACCAAAUUAUUUUGAAAACCGGUGCAUCACCUUGUCCUUAGCAAUAAAAUGUGUUGAGCAGAGGAUUGGCUGUGUCUGCCCCAAGGAGCCUGAGUGGCCCAGGGUCAGGCCGGGAGUGUAUCUAGAGUCAUAGGCUCUGGAGCAGGGCCAUGCAUUUUAAGAAGACUCAGUAAGGCAGGAUCUAGGAAGCCCUCCUAAAGAGAUGGGCUCCUUGUCAAGUUCUGGUCCUGUGGCUCUGUAUGGUGGGACCUGGGAAGUAGAGGCACCUCUGGCCGUGAGUACCUACUUUUGCUUCUCUGGCCCUAGAGAUGGGAAGGAAGAGGUAAUAGAUGAAGGACCAGACCACUUCCACAACUUGUAGAACUGAGUUUGAUCUCUCUCAUCUCGACCCCACUUGUUAACUUCAUUGAGCAGGUGUAAGUUUAUGCCAGUGUCUGUUCCAUAAAAAUUGUAGAACCAGCUUGAAAGAAGGCAGUACAUUUUAGGUGCUUGAAAAGCAAGGGAUUGACAACCCCUUCCCCCAACCCCGUGCAUGCUUCCCUUAGGUCCUGAAGCUGUUCUGAGUUGCCUGUAGUUGGUGAGACGCUUCCCCGGAGGAAGACCCGGUCCCUUUGACCCCCAUUGGGUUCCUGAGGUCCAGGUGGACAAGGUUAGAGCAGCAGCAGCAGCGGGGGGUGGGGGGGCAGUGAACUGGGCACAGCAGAGCUGUUCAGCUGGUCUUGGACAGCCAGGCACUAGGUCCUAUUUCUUGGCUCCUGCCAGGUGCGGGAGAAUCUUGGGUCAGCUCAGCAACUCAAUGCUUCUUUGUGUCCUGGGGCUUGGGAGGUGGCUGCCACCUCUGGUGUCUGAUUGUGGGGGAAGGGAGGAGCAGCAGGUCUCAAAGAUACUUUUCUAUGCCAGUUCCCUCCUGGGGCCAAGAAAGGGAGGUUGAAUUUUUUGUCCAGCACCCAAGGAUUCCCAGGUGAGCGUGGACAGAGCCAGGCCUUAAUGGAUUGGCAAGCCCUGGGAGCAUACAUCUUUGGAGGGAAGAAACACUUCCCCAGACUUGGCAGGGUCCCAGACCUCCCUACCUUUCACUGACCCUACCAUCCCCAGCCCUGCUGAAGGACAGGCAGGGUAGUCCCUUCUGUAACCCCAACAGAGUUCUUGCUCAACAGCUGACUAUUUUUCUAGAAACUUUAACGUUUUGUUUUGGUCAAAUGUAAUAACCCCCUGGGAAACUGAAGUUUAAAGAGGUGAUGAGAGUCUCAAGUCCCAUGGAACAGGCCCUCCUGCCUGCAGUCAGGCCCAGGCCUCAGUGGACUGACUGACUCCAGGGAAGCGUGCACCAGCUUAGGCAGGCUCCCCUCAGAAGCCUUUUGGUGGGGGCAAAUUGCCCUCCUUUGGUGAGGCAGCGUCUUUGGGUGGGCAACCAAGGAUCACAGCCGGACAGUUCCUCCUCUCUUCCGUAACUCCCCUCGGGGGAAUUACGUUUUAAAUUGUGCCCCAGUAGGGUGGGAGAAAAGCUGGGACCUCCGGAGCUGAAAAGGGUAGACGAGAUGGGGCGGAGUGGUCCUGUGCCCGGAAUAAAAAGAGGCUCUAAAGUAGUAAUAAGGGCAGCCAGCGACCGCUGUCCACCCAACUCCACAGGAUUGAGCAGGGUCGCCCAGCCCGUGGAGGUCCACAGCCUUGGGUCUCAGCCUGGUUCCAGGCGGAUGCCUGCGUCCCUCGGUGUGGAAUGACCGUGUACCCCCGUCCCUCGCACGGCCGAGGAAACAGGCUCUUGAGGGAUCAUCUCGGUGGACAGCAAGCCCUGCGGCCGUCAGAGGUCCGCAUCCCAGACGCGCGCCCUGCGGGGCGUGAAGCCGGGGGAGGAUUCCUCAAGGCGGCGGAUAGGCUCCGGGGAGCCGAGGGGUGGGCGUCGGCGCGGAGCCAGCAGGCCGGGCCCGCUGGACCCACGCCCUGAACCGCCAGCAGCCCGAGUCCCGGCAGGCGCGCGAUGCGGACGGGCCAAAAAACUCGGGGGUCCAGUGUCUAGUAGGCCGCUUUGGGCUUGCGCCCGCUCUCUGCCUGCAGUGCAGCCCCGCAUUGGUCAGCCCGGCGCCCCGCCCGGCUCCCGCGCGCCGAUUGGCCGCGGAUGCCCAACCCCCGGUGAGGGCGCUGAGGCGGAGAGUGGGAUUGGUGGUCCCGUCGUCCACGGGUCGGGGUCGCGGCCGCGCGCUCCGCCCGCCGCUGCGUCCCCACUAUGGCGGCGCCCAGGCGGCCCACCGCUACUUGGGCGCCCGCCGGGGUCCCCCGCGGCUGCCGCCGCCGCAUUCGUCGUCGCCCCCGCCUUCCCGGCAGCAUCGGGCCGGGCACCGCCUCCCCCCUGCCUCCCUCUCCGCUGCGGAGGAAGGAGAGAAACGUGUGAACUGACUCAGUGCAAUUAAUUGAGAGCGGGACCAAUGAAGGCAGCUGUUAUUUUGUUAAAACAAAAACAAAACAAAACAAAAAAAAACAACAAAAGCUUACAGACUUUUCUAUGGAUACACUUUGAAUUAACUAUACUAUAGCUAGUUGAACAGGAAGGUAGAAAAAAAGCACUUACUGGUUUCAAGAAAAUAAAUAGACCUCAUGGAAAAUUAGGUUAUUUCUAAGUCAGAAUCACCUUCGAGUGAUGAUCAUUUAACUGUUGGGUAUACCUUCAAGUCAAAAGGAUUAAAAGGAAGCUGUCACAAAAAUUUAUGACCGAAAUAGUAUUUUCAAAUAAUCUCUUAAGGCAAUAGCAGCUCCUAAGAUUAAAGAUUCUUAACUCAAGGAUAUUUUGAAGUAUUAAGUGAUGAAUCUCCCUAUUUCACAUGUCUAAAUGUCUAAUCAGAGUUUAAUAAAAGUAAAUUAUUAAUGAGAAAAGAAGUUGUGCAUAUUCUUAGAGACUAAGUGGCUUUGGAUCAUCAAUAAAGUGUCUAUCGAGUACAUAUUGUGUGCAAGGCAGUGCAACUGUGGGGACCUCACGACCUGUAUUGUAUGAGACUUGUUCUCAUGGGCCUAUGAGAUGGUUGUGGGGAUAAAGGGCACACAAGAAAAUGAUCACUAAUAAAAUGGUCUCUAGAAUUCUAAGAUAGUAGGUCUAUGAAAAUUCUAGAAAAGAAGAAAUCCAUGUGUUUGAGGAAGGUUUCACAGGAGAGCUGAGGCUUGAGUUGAGCCAUGAAUGGGUAGGCCUGGGUGAUGAAGAGGAAGGAGAAGUGAGGAAAUGAGAAAGUGAGGAUGGGAAAGGUGGCAGGGGAGAACCCAAAACUCUCAUGGGUAGUUCCAGGGGGUUCUUAUUAGAAAAAGUGGGAGAUGAGGUUAUACAAAAAAGGCAGGUUGAUGGCAUCAAAUCAGGAAGUAACUUUGUCCUGGGUGGAGCAAAGGGUAAACAAGUAGUAGCACUUCAGAUGAAACUGGAGCUAGCUAUUAGAAAAAUAGACAGUAGCACUUUAUUUGCCCUUGUCACUUUUCUGAGUAACCUUAGCUGUUUAGAAUAAUGGUCCUCUCAGCUACCCAGGAUCUGCACCUCAAGAAUCAUUCUUGCCUUUCUUUUUUUUCCCCCUUGUAUUAAGUUGGUUGCCAGGUCUUGUUGCUACUGCCUCCACACUAUGUCUAACUUCUUUCUGUUCCCACUGUCAUCACACUGAUUUGGGGCCAUGGAUACCAUUCCCUCGAAUUACUGCAGAAACUCCCUAGCUUCCCCCCCCACCCCUUCCAUCUGUCUUGUGUACUGUCAUCACUUGCAGGUAUCUCAAUUCCCCAGCCUAGACUUUUAUUUAUUUUUUUGGCUGAGUUGGGUCUUUGUUGUUACGUGCGGGCUGCGCGCGGGCUUUCUCUAGUUGCAGCGAGCAGGGUCUACUCUUCGUUGCGGUGCGCGGGCUUCUCAUUGCGGUGGCUUCUCGUUGCAGAGCACGGGCUCUAGGCGCGCGGGCUUCAGUAGUUGUAGCUCGCGGGCUCUAGAGCACAGGCUCAGUAGUUGUGGCGCACGGGCCCAGUUGGUCCGCGGCAUGUGGGAUCUUCCCAGACCAGGGCUCGAACCCGUGUCCCCUGCAUUGGCAGGUGGAUUCUUAACCACUGCGCCACCAGGGAAGCCCCAGCCUAGACUUUUAAUGGCUUCCUACCGUCUGUUGAAUUAAGCACAGACCAGCCUAGCCUGGGCAAUAUGGGUAAACUCAUUUCUUGCCAUUCCCUGAUAUUUUAUUAUAUUUUCCAAGUUUGUGGAACUGUUUGCUCUUUGUUGCUGUCGUGCUCCCUGUCUUUGCUCAUGUUGCUUUUUCUAUCCUAAAUGACCCCCUUGAGUCUCUAAUUGUUGGUUCUCACCCAUGUUUCAGGGCCAUUUGAUUGGAACUCUCUUUGUGAAGCUUUUCUAUACUUUUCUCCCUAUCUAGAUGGGGCUUGUUUCUCCUUUAAACCAUUAUAACACUAGAAUCUGCCUUUUUGCCCCAAUUGCCAACCUAAGACUGAAGCUUUUUCAAGCCAUGGGCCAUCUUCUUCAUUAUCUAGCACAGUGUUUUGUACAUAGGAGGUACUUGGCAAAUAUAUUUUAUAUUGAACAUAGCUUUGAACCAGGAUAGAUGCAAAGAAAAUUCUUUGUGCAAACAAAAUGGCCAUCAUAAAAUCUGUAAAUGAAGUUACUUAUGUGAGAUAAUUUAUUACUGAGAGAGCUGGUGUAUUGGUCUGUAUAGCUUGGAUUAGGCUUCAUUAACAAAAACCCUUAAGACUUCAGUGGCUUAACAGAACAAAAGUGGACAUUCAUGCCACAUGUCCAGCAUGAUGCACAGGUAACUCUCCUCCUCUCAGUCACUCAGGGACCCAUGCUGAUGGAAACUCCAUCUUAAUAUGGUGUUUCCAUGAUCAUUUUGAUGGAGUGGAAGAUGGUGAUCAAGGGACACUGGACUUUCAAGUUUCCAUCCUGAAGUGGCACCUGUCACUUUCAUUUCCAUAUCAUUGGCUAAAGCAAGUCAUGUGGCCAUGCCUAACUUUAAAGAAGAGCAAGGAAUUGCUGUCUUAGCAUGUGCCUGGAAAGCAAAGAGCCAGAAGUAACUGUUGAACAGCAGUAAUGACUGCUACGUCUUCUUUGAGUAUCACGGCCCAUGGAAGAUUAGAGGUAGCGAAAUCAGAUGGGCUACUAGAGAGAAACACAUUGACAGUAGCAAGAAAUAACAGCUCUAACUAGGCAUGGAAUGAGGGUGGAUUGGGAAGUCAGAACUCCAUUACAAGCACAGUAAUGCUUGUAAUGUAACAGGCCGAGGCUGUUGGUACGAGGGCAAUCAGUGAUUUUCCCGUCAUGGCACAGUCAUUCCUGAGGGCAUCACUAUUUUACAGCACCCUCAGUGAUGAACACAGAAAUAGUCCUGAGGCAUCCACAGAAAGUUAAAUUAUAUUCAAGAUACACAAUUUAAAAAGCAAGGAAGUGUGUAAUAGCUCAAGGUACAUUUUCACUUGAAUGGUUAAAAUAAAAAGGAUCCUAGUUCAACCUUACUGGUUUAAUUGGGUUUAAUUGAGGCUGUAAAACUUUGGCGUUUGGGGAGGAGAUUUCACUUUUAACAAAGAAAGUGAAAACUGGGUUGAAAUCUUGCUUCUGCCAUUGAUUGUCUAACAUUGAGCAAGUGUCUGAUUCUGGAGUCCGAGUUGCAUCAUCAGUGAAAUGCAUAGGGUGGUUAUGAGUUCACUUUAUGUAAAGUGCUUUGCCCAGUACCUAGUUCAACGUAAGGACUGAUGAUUAUGAUUAUAGCAGCAGCAUCAGGAUUUGAAGAAACUUUGAGAAAUCAGGUAAGGAAAUCUCAGGAUUUCCCCAGAUUUUCCUACCUUUUUCCACUUGCUUGGCAUCCUGUCACACCUUUUUUAUUUUCACAUUUAUCCUAUUUUAUUUUGCUUGGUUGUAUAUGUGUCUGGGUCUUCCACUGUACUAGGCCCUCUAGUCAUCCCACAAGUAGCUAUUGAGCAUGAGCUCUCUGCUAACCUCUGUGCUGGGUUAUGGCAUUACAAAUACAAAAGGCAUAUCCCGGGCCUCAAAGAGCCUUUAGUCUGGUAGGACCAGAAACCAGUGAACUGGCAGUUAGAAUACAUUGUAACGGGCUAUGUUUGAGGGUCCUGUGGGAUCUCCUAAAAAGAGAAUCUGAUGUCACACAGGGAAUGUAAAUAAUGGUUUUCCAGAGAAGCUCACACCUACCUAAGUCUUGGAUCACUAGUUAGUAGCUGGGUAGAUGUGGGUUUAAAAGGCUUUUCAGGCAGGAAACAAUGUGUGUAAUGGCCUAGAAACACAAGAGAGUGUGGCUGCAUCCUGAAGAUGCUUGAAAGGCAGGAGAAUAGGGUAUGUUUGGGGAGUGUGUGGAGGCUGCAGAAGUUAGACUGAAGGCUUGUGAGUUCAGGAGUUUAUUGUGAUGAUGAGGAGGAACCACUGAAGGGUUUAAAGGUAGGAAAUGACUUUAUCAGCUUUGCCUUUUAGGGAGAUCAGUGUGUGUGGAGGCAGCAGAGGAGUGAAUGUCCUGUUUCCCUGACAUGGGAAGUUCUGAGGUUUGCAACCGUAGUGCCAUGUCUGCUACAGGGUCAUAAAAUAUUAUGGAUGAAGAGAGCUUAGAAUGAGGUGAGGCUGGAGGGAAGGUUACCAUUUAGGCUACUGCAGUAAUAGGAAGGGUGUGUCCAUGUCCUGCCUGGGGGUAGAGGAGAGUCAGCAGACCAAGAUUUCCAUCAUGGCUUCACCAGUUUCUAAGGUGUGGCCUUGGGCAGGCUUCAGAACCUCUUGUGUACUCUCAGUUUUCAAAUUGGUAAAAUGGGGAUAAAAAUACCUACCUUGCAAGGUUCUGAGAAUUUGAGCAAAUAGAUGUAAAAAGCCUGCUCCUGUACUAUUAGAUACAUAAGGGGCCUCUUAUCAUAAAAAUAAUAGUUUUAAGAUUUUUAAAAAUUAAUUAAUUAAGUAAGUAAGUAAUUUUUGGCUGCGUCGGGUCUUAGUUGCAGCAUGCUGGGAUCUUUUGUUGUGGCGUGCGGGCUCCAGAGUGCGUGGGCUCUGUAGUUGUGGUGCAUGGGCUCGGGCUUAGUUGCUCCACGGCACGUGGGAUCUUAGUUCCCUGACCAGGGAUCGAACCCAUGUCCCCUGCAUUGGAAGGUGGAUUUUUUCACUGGACCACCAGGGAAGUCCCAGUUUUAAGAUUCUUAAUGCUUAGUAUAUUCCCUGGUUCACAAUAGGUGAUCGUUAGCCUAAAAUCAUCUGCCAACACUGUGGUUUUAUUUAUACAUCCUUUUUUUUAAUUUAUUUUUUUAUUUUUGGCUGUGUUGGGUCUUUGUUGCUGUGCGUGGGCUUUCUCUAGUUGUGGUGAGCGGGGGCUACUCUUCGUUGCGGUGCGUGGGCUUCUCAUUGUGGUGGCUUCUCUUGUUGCAGAGCACAGGCUCUAGGUGCGCGGGCUUCAGUAGUUGUGACACGUGGGCUCAGUAGUUGUGGCUUGCGGGCUCUAGAGUGCAGGCUCAGUAGUUGUGGCGCACGGGCUUAGUUGCUCCGCGGCAUGUGGGAUCUUCCCGGACCAGGGCUUGAACCCGUGUCCCCUGCAUUGGCAGGCAGAUUCUUAACCACUGCGCAACAGUGAUGAUGGUCUGGGCGGGUUGGGCAUGAGAGAAUUAUCCUGAGAUCAAGAAGGGAAGAGUUGGUUGUUAUGAAUAUCAUACCAAUUUAAACAUUCUUUAAAUGUCAACAAAUUAUAUAUGGUCAUUCAGCCGUUCCCAGCCCUCACCCAGAAGUGACACAUGCACGUGUGCAUACACUCUUGUCACUGAUGUUAUAAUGUGCUCACUGCUUGGGCUGCUAAAAUGUAUGCACUUCUCCUUCAGCGUGUCAUCAUCGUUGUUGACUGUGUCCCCCUGAAAUUUUGCUCCUCCUCAGUCUUCUUCUGAAAUGUUUGUAAAGAUGAUAAUGGGGCUUUAAUUCCAAUUUGUUCUCCUUUAGGUUCCGCCUGGUCAUCCUGGUUGACAGGAGUUCCUUCCCUGUGAACUUCUGCACAACUUAUGUUAUUCUGAUUAAAUGUUAUCUACUGCCUUGUCUUAUCAUUAUUUGUCUAUGUCAGUAAAUUCCCCUUUUCCUUGA